AUGUAUAUUCAGAUUUCAAUGAGUGUGCUGAGCUCGAGAAGUAAACAUAAGUGAAUAAAUAAAAUGUGAUUAUUUUCAUCAUUUUGGAUGGAUUACUUGACAGAAGGUGCAGAAGAAUAUAUAUAAUUUUGAUGAGCUGGUUUUUCGUUUGAAUCAUCAUUAAAAUUAGUCAAAAUUCAGUACGACAAAAUAUCGUUGCAGUGGUACUCGAAAGUGUUGGUGCUGUUGGUAACCAUGUUAACGUUCUGGCUAAUUCUUACGUUUGGGUUUUUAUCCCAAACGAAAACGAUGGCUGCAGAAACAAUCCAUGCAGCCAUUGUUGCAUCAACUUCACCUACCGUACAUAUUGAUUCUAGUGAUGCAAAUGGUGAUUUAGAAAGUGCUGAAACAAAAGAUCCAAAGAAACAAAUAAGACGUGUUAAUAGUGAUGGUUCAUUUGUGAUUGGGUAUGAAACUGUUGAUGGAACUUUUAAAAUUGAAAGCCGUGAUUUACUCGGCAAUGUUAAAGGUACUUAUGGCUAUUUAGACGAAAAUGGUGAAAUAAAACGUGUUUCUUAUAUUGCAAAUAAUACAACUAAUGGCUUAAAAAGAACUUCACAACCAAUUAAAAUACCAAACAAAUCAGGAAUAUCAUCUUCAUCCACAACCCAGAGACCAAUUACCUAUCAAGGAAGCGCAACCCAAUCCAUUCGUUCUCAUUCAAAUAUAAUUCAACCAUUAAGAAAACAAUCAUAUUCAUCUUCUCAUAGGAGAAUAGAUCAUACAAUAAAAUUGCAGAAAUCUGAACCUUCUACUUUAGUUUAUGCCACUUCAGUUCAAUCAACCAAUAUACCAAGCACCAUUUCUUCCAAUCCGGAACCAACUUCUCAGUUAAAAGAAGAAGAUUUUACGAAGGAAUCAAAGAUGAAUAAAAGUUAUAAAUUUUCGAAUGUCUCGAAUGGAAAAUCAGAACGCAAACAAAUCCAAGGAAAUUUGCUCAGACGUCAAUUACCAAACGAUCAAAGUGAAAAUUUCGAAACCAAACCACAAAUUAUCUAUGGUCAAUCAUCUGAUGAAGAUUUAACUGGUACUCAACGUCCAUUAUUCAGCACUACAAAUUCUCCUCGCAUUCCAGCAAUAGUUAUCGCAGCCAGAGAGAGACAGAGAGACUUAAGAGACAGAGUUUCUAUAUUGAAGAAUAUGAAAAACAUUGUUUUACAACCUACACCUACCAAUGAAAAGCCAAUUCAGUUCCGAACAAAAACUGAUGACAAUCUAGAAAAUGAAUACUUUACACAAAGUCCGGUUCCAGUUCAAAUACCAACUACCAGAGAAAUUGUUCAAAAGGAAAAAAUUGUCAAAUAUCGCAAUCCAAUAUCACAUUUUAUGAAAACGAGCAAAUCAUCAAGUGAAUUAGAAAACGCCAGUGGUCCAAAACAAUAUAAACUACCUGUAUCAACAAAACUAUUGCAACGUGAAGUAGAAAGUGAACAAUAUUUGCGUGAAACUUCAGCCUCUAAUGCGAAAGAUUCAUCACUUGAGCAGUAUACAAAUAGUAACGAAAAUGCUGCAACUCAUCCUUUCUCACAAUCAAUAAAUCCUUAUUCUCAAAUAUCGCGAACAGUUGAUGACCAACGCCCUCAACAGCAAUUUUCAUUUCCAAUGCAACCAUAUCAAGCACUAUCUCCACAAUUGUCCAACUAUAUUGAAAGACCAUUAACAGCAAGAGAUUUUGAACGUUUACUCAAUAUUCUGGCAAUUCGAUUCCAACAACAUCAACAUAUUGGUUAUUCACAAGAUGUGUUCACAAAUGGUCUCAAUGGCUUUAGAAAUUAUUAUUCAGGAUAUAAUCCUUAUCAAAUAUUUCGUUCACCACUUUACAAUCAAUUCGAUCCACGGUAUACUGCUUUCAGUCGUACGCUUCCACCACUUCCACCACCUCCAUGGGCUCCAUACUCUGAACAAGAAAACAUGUAUCAAGCCCAAAAUCCAAAGCAAUAUUACAGCACUGGCUAUGACAGAACUGACGCGAAUGAUUUGUCAAAUCAAAAAUUUUCAAAUCAAAAUGGUGAUUAUCUUCCAUCUAAUGUUCGUGAAGAGCUAUUGUAUCGUAUGUUAAUGCUCGCUAUACAACCAGAUUUCACUCCGUCAAUACCAUUUUCUGACGCAAGUACAAUUCAUGAAUACUUUAAAUCAAAAAUGCUUAGUAGUAGUACACCUUUGUCAGACACAAAUUCAAAGAAACCCGUGCGAAGUGUUCAGAUUUUAGGAGAUGAAUAAUUAAUUCUUUUCUUUACGCAAAAAAAAUACAUAUAUUAAUAUCAUAUCUUUAUGAUUUAACUGUAAAUAAUGUAGCCCAAUUUUUUAUAUAUUUUUAAUUAGAAUUUUUUUCAUGCAAAUGUGCAUUGAAAAACUAAUUUUCAGAAACAAUAUUAUGUGAAUCGAUUACAUAAUAAAUGUUGCUCAUUAAAAAAACUGAAAA